AUGCUAAAUCAGCUGAACGGAUGGAUCUGUGCUGCCUGCCGUUGCAGCCCUGAGUGCAACCCCUCGCAGAUCUGUGAUCACGGCGAUGAUGCUGAGUCAGCCGAGACAAUCAACGUACCCGUGUCCGCGCUCAAAGUUCUGGACCCAGGUGCGUGUUCUUCCGAUGAUAUGUACGACGAAUUCUGCGACGAAGCUGAACUCUGGGCUGACCUGAGUGGAUUUUGGUAUCGACAGAAAGACAAUCACUGCGUCGGAGAAAUCUGCGAAGGCAGCUUGAUUUGGCAUGUACAGUGGAACUUACCGAAGGAAGUAUCCAAUCUGCAAGUGCUUUCGCCAGAUACAAUUACUCUUGGUAUUCAAGAUGAGGUUUUACUGGGCAAAGUCCAGCGGCAUGCGCAGACAGCAAUUCACUGGAGUGACGGCGAUAUUUGGCUACGGAAGUGA